AUUCUUCUUUUAGUUUCUUGCUUCCCUUUGAUCUUAGGGUUUUCAUUGUCAAUCUUCGCGGCUUUAUUUAUCGGCGAUGGCGAAGAACAGGAAUAAGAAGAAGAAGGGAAGUGGAGCUAUUUCAAUGGACAUAACUGAAAAUUCUGUUCACGAGCUCCCUCAAGCGAUGGACGUGUCCGAGUCUGCAGUUCAUAAACCAGCUUCUGGCGCUCUCAAUCUAAAGUUGAAGAAGGGGGGAAGACUAAUGAAGCGAUCAAAGAAUGUUAGGAAAACAAAAGCCAUGGCAAAAGCCAUAUCCAAGAGCGAGCAAUCCGCCGAGAAAAUAUUGAAAAAUCAGGGGAAAACUACCAGGAUACACUCUGCAAAAACAUUGUAUGAAUGAUACAGCCCUUAAAUUAUAAAAUUGAUUUAUUUCUGUUCCCUUCAUAGAAUUUUAUGUUAUUUACUUCCACCCACAAAGUGUGUCAACCCUGCAAAUUCCAAAGUCCUAAGUCACUGGAGAAAGAUCCACAGGAGUCCAAAGGCUCAUCUAAUGGCGUCAACACCUUGACACCCCAACCAGACCCAUCCAAGCUUUUAGUUCUCUAUCAAAGAUGACUCUUUCCAUUGCUGCUGUCCCCACUCCACACGUUCUUCCAAAAACUAAUCCUCUGUCUAUCUCCAGCUUUGGUAAAUCUAUGAAUACCUUCCAUGCUUAUUGAAGAUUUGGAUUUACCAUUGGACUUGAGGGAUUUCAAGGUCUUCUCUCUGCCCUCUACUGUUACACAAAUGUGAAAGAUGUUGAAUAUUUACUCUUUUGCAUCAAAGAUGUGUUCCCCUUUAGCACAAAGAGCUUCAAUAUUAUCCUCCAUGGAUGGCUAUGGAUCUCAUAGAAACGUCGCUGUGUCCUGUUAUGUAGUGCCACAACCUUUUAAUUUUAAAACUGCUUUCGCCUGUUAUGUAUUGGUGUUAUGUAUGGUUUUCCACACCUUAAAGAAAUGUUUCGACGUUCCUCUCCAA